GCAGGGCUACGUGGCUCGGCAGGCUGCGCCUGCGCGGGCAGGUGGGGCAAGAUGGUUGCGGAGGUUGGCAUGCGGGUCUUUGGGAUCCGACCCGGAACCGGGCUGGUUAGCAUGAUGCGGACCCUUCUACUGCUACUGUGGUUUGCGGCCCGCGGGAGUACGCUCUACUUCCACAUCGGGGAGACAGAGAAGAAGUGCUUUAUUGAGGAGAUUCCGGACGAGACAAUGGUUAUAGGAAAUUACCGAACACAGCUGUAUGACAAGCAGCGCGAGGAGUAUCAGCCGGCCACCCCGGGGCUUGGCAUGUUUGUGGAGGUGAAGGAUCCAGAGGACAAGGUCAUCCUGGCCCGUCAGUAUGGCUCCGAGGGCAGGUUCACUUUUACCUCUCAUACCCCUGGUGAACACCAGAUUUGUCUUCACUCAAAUUCCACCAAGUUCUCCCUCUUUGCUGGAGGCAUGCUGGUAAGUGGACUCAUGUGAGAUUCAAAAGCAUUCAGCCUUUAUCCUUUGGUCAGGAUUGGGAAUUUUUUUUU